UUUUUUUUUUCUUUAACUUGAUAUCAUGAAAUUGCUCAAUAAUAAACACAUGUAUAGCAAUAAUAAUUUUGAUAUUCAAUCUAUAAGUCGUUCAAAAUUAUUAGAAUAUUAUCAAACUACUACACGUACUGAUUUAUCUAUUCGAAAAUAUGUAUUGAUUACAAAUUUACUACGUGAGGAAUGUUCUCAACGUUCAAAUCAAUUACAAGAGCAACAAUGGUUUGAUACUUGUAUUAAUGAGUUGGAUAAAGAAGAAGAAGAGGAAGAACAAAAAAAGUUAAAUCGUAUACCUUAUUAUGGAUUUUAUGAUUUUCGAAAUAAUUCUGGAUUACUUGUUUGUAGUACUUCAAAUCGUCUUUAAAUAUUAUAUAAAUACUUUGCUCAUUUAUUACAGCUUAUCCUUUCUCUCCUUUUUUUUUUAAUCCCUCAUUUCCUUACUUUAUACAUAUAAAAUAAACAGCACUAAUAUAUAUAUAUAUAUA